UGUCCUCUGAAUACCUGCUGCGUGGACACAUGUGCCGCUGCCGUGCAACGAUUUGUUUAAACUUCCAGAAACUCAACUUUAAAAACCCCCACAAACAAACAAACAAAAACAAACAAACAAACAAACACACACACUGUGUCCCCCGUGAUGACUUCACAUCCUGUUUUCCCCACUUCCUUCUGAAUGAUCGGCGUGGACUGGGACCGUCCUGUCUCCACGCACCGUGUGCCGCGAUCGCACGCUGUCAGAUCUGGGGGGACCGUGGAGUUUUUCCAAAGCGACGAUCCGGACUCACAAGCAUGCAGCGGCUGAUUUGUUGACACAGAAGAAAGGAGGCGUCGAUGUUAGGUUGACAAAAUGAAGACAAGAGAAGAUGUAACAAUAAUCAACCAGGGUCUGGACGGUGAGAUGGAAGUCAGCGGCUACCGCCCCUGUCUGUGGAAGCUGGUCCUGGUUGGGGUGGGUGCAGUUUGCUCUGGGGGUCUCCUCCUCCUGCUGCUCUACUGGCUGCCUGAGUGGGGCGUCAAGGGGACUUGCACACACACGUCUCUGAGCGAUGCACACACCCUGCUGCUCAGAACCAAGGAUGAGUUCAGGCAGUGGUUUCGAGUCAGAGUCCACAGAAUGCUGGCUCCAGGCAGGAAGCCCUUUGACGAUUUGGAUGUAAAACCCAGAAGUCAGCUCGCAAACGGAAACUUCGGUCACCAGGUCUGCUCUGUUCAAGAUGAACAGCUUCCCCAGGAGCAGCAGGUUCAGAUACAAUACUUCACACACCACAGCUUUAGAUACUACUGGAAUGAUGCCAUCCAGAACUUUGCAUUCUAUCAAGGCCUGGAGGAUGUGAAGGUGAGCUGUGCCCACAUCCACGCCGAACACAGCCGUGGGCUGACCAAAGCACUGCAGGACUACAGGAGGUUGUUUUUCGGGGAGAAUGAGAUCGCUGUGAGAGUCCCCUCUCUGUUCAAGCUUCUCAUCAAGGAGGUGCUGAAUCCUUUCUACAUCUUCCAGCUCUUCAGUGUUGUUCUGUGGACCGCCGAAGACUACUACUAUUACGCCACAGCCAUCGUUUUCAUGUCGGUCAUAUCCAUAGCUACCUCACUGUACACCAUUAGGAAGCAAUACGUGAUGCUGCACGACAUGGUGGCGUCUCACAGCGUGGUGCGAGUGUCGGUUUGCAGAGGAGACAAAGACACAGAACAGGCCAUGUCGACGGAGCUCGUGCCCGGUGAUGUCAUCGCCAUCCCGGCCAAUGGGAUGGUGAUGCCGUGUGACGCCGUGCUUUUCCAAGGGACCUGCGUUGUGAACGAGAGCAUGCUGACAGGCGAAAGCGUUCCAGUGACCAAAACCAGUCUGCCCAGUUCGGGCGAUGAGGCGGCGAGGAGAUACAGCAUGGAGGAACACAAGAGACACACGCUGUUCUGUGGAACCAACGUCAUCCAGACCCGAUUCUAUGCUGGCGAGCUGGUGAAGGCCGUGGUGAUCCGAACAGGCUUCAGUACAGAGAAGGGCCAGCUGGUGCGCUCCAUUCUCCACCCUAAGCCCACAGACUUCAGGCUGUACCGGGACGCCUACCUCUUCCUGCUGUGUCUGGUCGGCGUGGCGGGCAUCGGCUUCGUCUACACCAUCAUCCUCAGCAUCAUGAACAAGGUUCCAGCUAAAACCAUCAUCAUCGAGUCUCUGGACAUUAUCACCAUCACCAUUCCACCGGCCUUACCGGCGGCCAUGACAGCCGGCAUCGUGUACGCACAGCGGCGUCUGAAGCGCGUCGGCAUCUUUUGCAUCAGUCCUCAGAGGAUCAACAUGUGCGGCCAGCUUAACCUGGUCUGCUUUGACAAGACUGGCACCCUCACUGAGGAUGGAUUGGACCUGUGGGGCAUCCAUAGAGCAGAACAUGGCAGCUUUGUAGCUCCGGAGCCGGGCCCAGCCGAGGAGCGCCUGGUGAAGAGCGCCUUCGUGGCCUGCAUGGCAACGUGUCACUCUCUCACCAAAAUAGAGGGAGAGCUCUCCGGAGACCCUUUAGAUCUGAAGAUGUUUGCCUCCACAGGCUGGGUCUUAGAGGAGCCAACAGAAGAAGAAACUGCUCUUCACAAUCCGCUGAUGCCAACAGUGGUCCGACCUCCAAAGCGAGCCAUCACUGGAGACGGUCAGAGGCAGUCACAAGUCCAGAACAUGUCCUGUGAGUUGGGCAUAGUGCGACAGUUCCCCUUCUCCUCGGUGCUGCAGAGGAUGAGCGUGGUGGUCAGGAGGCUUGGGGACAAACACAUGGAAGCCUUCCUGAAGGGGGCACCGGAGGUCGUGGCUGGCCUAUGCAAACCACACUCAGUCCCACAGAGUUUCACUGAGACUCUGGAGAGCUACACCAGGCAGGGCUUCAGGGUGAUUGCACUGGCACACCGACAGCUGGAGUCCAAACUGUCCUGGCACAAAGUCCAGACGCUCAGCAGAGAUUUGAUAGAGACCAACAUGGAGUUCCUCGGGUUGAUCGUCAUGCAGAACAAAAUCAAACAGGAGACAGCUGGCGUUCUGACUGAGCUCCGGAGGGCUAACAUCCGCACUCUGAUGGUCACAGGGGACAACAUGCUGACAGCUGUCUCUGUGGCUCGAGACUGCGGCAUGGUCCGUCCACACGAGAACGUCAUUGUCGCUGACGCUGCUCCCCCCAGAGACUCACUCCCCCCCAGCAUCACGUGGCGUUAUGUGGACAAACCCGCUCAGACCGCCAGCGAUGAUCAGACUGCACAGAUCCUCGUGGAGGAGGAGAUGUAUCACUUCGCUCUGAACGGUAGAGCCUUUGCUGUUAUCACAGAACACUUUCCUCAGCUAAUACAGAAGCUCGCGCUAAGAGCCACCGUGUUCGCACGCAUGGCGCCAGACCAGAAGACCCAGCUGGUGGAGGUCCUACAGGGCAUUGACUACAUUGUUGGAAUGUGUGGCGACGGCGCCAAUGACUGUGGGGCCCUGAAGAGAGCACACAGUGGGAUUUCUCUGUCUGAGCUGGAGGCGUCGGUCGCCUCUCCCUUCACUUCCUCCACCUCCAACAUCUCCUGUGUCCCCAACCUCAUCAGGGAGGGACGAGCCGCCCUCAUCACGUCGUUCUGCGUCUUUAAGUUCAUGGCUCUCUACAGCAUCAUCCAGUACAUCAGUGUCAUUUUGCUUUACUGGAUCCUCAGCAACUUGGGAGACUUCCAGUUUCUCUUCAUUGACCUCGUCAUCAUUCUCAUCAUUGCCUUCACAAUGAGUCUGAACCCAGCGUGGAAGGAUCUGGCGAGGCAGCGUCCUCCGUCCAGUCUUAUCUCGGGCUCGCUGCUCUGCUCGGUUCUGACCCAGAUCCUCACCUGCCUGGCCUUCCAGGUCUUGGCUUUCUACUUGGUGCAGCAGCAGAGCUGGUACGAGACGUGGACGCCUCAGUCAGACGCCUGUAACGUCUCCCGACCCAGCAGCUUCUCCGACCGCCGGAACGGAACGACCUCUCACGACCACAAAAACAUCCGCAAUUACGAGAACACGUCCCUCUUCUACGUGUCGUCCUUCCAGUAUUUAGCCGUGGCUAUAGUUUUCUCCAAGGGGAAGCCCUUCAGGCAGCCGAGUUACAAGAACUGGCCGUUCAUGCUGUCCUGUGUCGGUCUCUACUCUUUUCUCCUCUUCAUCAUGCUGUCCCCCAUCUCUGCUAUCGAUAACUUUCUAGAGAUCGUGUGUGUUCCACAUGACUGGCGCGUUACUCUGGUCAUCGUUGUUGCAGCGAAUGCCGUUGUGUCUUUCAUGUUGGAGAUUUUGAUCGUUGACAUCAUCUUGUGGAGGCUUGUUUCCAGAGGAAGUCAGGGGGCAAAUGGCCCCAGAGAGUCCUCCUCUGGCGACACACCACAGGUUGCUAAUGACAGCUGGGGCGCGUUGUUCCUGUCCUGCUUGUUCUGUCGGAGGAACAAGCGGCCGAAGGUUCUGUACAGGCACCUGGCCCUGGAGCUGCAGGACGACGCCAACUGGCCCCCCCAACCCUCUACUGUCACAUAUGCUGCUGAAGCACAGCCCCACAUCUCUGCAACUCUCUGAUCCCUGCAGGAGGUGGAGCCUGACAUGUCCUACUGAUACAGACUAACACACACACACACACAAGCCCACACACACGGUCUCCUACUUGAUGUCCUUCAUUCUUACCCGCCAUAUCAAAGUGAACUAAACUCUGAAUCCUGGGUUGAGCCAGAGGGCUUUCCAUUUUUGGAGCCUUGUAUGCUAAUGCUAAUGCUCUGGAGCAACUGUCAUGAAUCAUACUUGAAUGUUCUAAUGAGUGCAGAAAUGACGAGCAUACCGUAAAAAAUGGUUUGCCCUCAUACAGAUUUCAUCUCUUUUGUUGUCACAGUUACAUGUUUCAGAUCACCAAACAGACAAAGAUAACCUGACUAAAUACAAAUUGUUCAACAGACGUAUGUAAGAGAUAAAUUACUCCUGAGCCUAAGAACUACCUGAUCUGGGUUGCGCAAAACUUUGCCAAUAUUCCCCUAAUUAAAAAAACAAACACAAUUUUGGUAAUGCGGCGUUUCCAUUGAAUAGAAAAUGCAAAUAAAAUCACAUGUGAAUAUGUUUGUUCAGGCGAUAAGUCAUUAAAAAUCAUUCCUCGCCAUCAUCCUCCAACUGCUUCCUGUUGACUUCUUCUUCAUGGUUUGCGUCGAUGGGAACAUCUGGUUGAUGAUUAUGUGACUUCUGUGAGCAAAAAACAAAACAAAAAAAAACAUAAGUGUUUCCACUGCAGUUUUGCAAAAUAAAACAAUUUCAGUACGGCCAAAAAAUCCCUCCACCUCACCUUAUCCCAAACCUUUCAUCCAAAAAUGAGAUUUUUUCCUACAGUGCCGUGUUUCCAUUAAGCUAAACUACUUUCAUAAUGUCAAACUGCGUAUCUAUACAGUCAAUGGAAACACAGCUUGUUUUACCUAGAGAGACAACAGCCUUCAAGAACUGCUGAUUAUUUUUUUUACAUGACUGUAAAAGAGUUGUGGUUCACUUUUUACGGCAGAAUUCUUGAAUUCAGUCAAACUGGAGAGUUUUUGAGCAUGUACGCCCAAAGGUCGUACAUGAUGUACACUUAAAGUAAUUUUCAAUUCAGUCCAGUUUAUUUAUAAUUUACAACAUAAAAUUAUUUCAGCGAAAAUCGCCUGCAUUGUGUCAUUAACUUUACCGCAAUCCCUCAGACCGAUCAUGCAUGUAGCGAUAGUGGGCAGGAAAAACUCCCCUUUAACAGGAAGAAACUUCCAGCAGAACCAGAACCUGGCUCAGUACAAGCAGCUGUCUGCCUGUGGGUUUGAGAAGACAGAGCAGAGACACAAAACAGAAACAGGAGUAACUUCAUUGUUAAUAAAAAAAGUAAAAAUUAACAGCAGGAGAGGGAGAAGGAUUAGUUGAUGGCAGCAUUAUCUCAGCCGGUGCCGUCUUCCAAGACGGAGUCACAGCCAAACAGAACGCCAGACCAGGCGUGGCCUCUGUGGAGAGAAGAAAACGGAGAGAAAACAGACAUUUCAACGUUAAGAUUAAAUAUCAAUGAAGUUUGUUUCUCACCACUUUCUGGACUUGUUUAGAUCGGGACGUGAUGUGUUGCUUUUCCAGAUCUCUGUGUGCCUCUUGCUGUCAGACAGGUCCUGCUGUUGGCAUGUCUGCAAACAGGUCUGGAACUAACCAGGCCUGGUUGUGGUUAGUAAAACUGAACCCCCCCCCCCCCCCAAAAAAAAACAACCUGGUUAAUCACAGUUAAUUCAUAACAAGAUGGACGUUUACUCUUUCACAUAGUAGCAGGUCAGUUGGAACAGCUUUCUGAAUGAAAUCAUCCCUUUCUGUAUUUAAUCAGGUUAUCUGUCUGAUGUCAAAAUUGGCUUGUUGGUUUGGUGAUCUGAAAUACAUCAAACUAAAGUGAGGGUCAGAUACUUUUUUUUUUUUACAGUUGUGAGGUUUAUAUUUCAUGUCCUCUCCUCUGCAGGUCAUUUGCAACUUGAGUUAUUAAAAGGUUCAGAAGUGGUACAGAAUAUAAUUGCACAUAUUAAACACUGACUACUGUAAUAAUAGUUUUUUAUGAAUUCAUCUUACUAGGCUAACAGUGCUGAGACAAAAUACACACACUUCAGACGACUGAGUUUAUCAUGGAGUUUAUUUUACUAUCAUCAAGCCGUCAUUAUUCAAAUAAACUUGAAGUUUAACAUGAAGAUGACGUGAUGCAUUUAAGGAUAAAUGGAAGAUUUAGUCAUAAACGAAAGACAGUACACCCUCUUUCAUUUCUAGGCUCAUCUCUCUACAAGGUUGUAAAAUGAAUUCAAUCUAACCUUCUGUCAAAAAUUAACAACAGAUGCAACUCUGUGAUUAUUUCUCUGGAGAACUAAGUACACCCCAUGUAGCUUUAAGAGCAACCUGCAGCAGCAUUAGGUCUCUGGAGCCGUUUUGGUUCAUCAGACUGUUGUGGAGAUUCUUUUGCUCACUUUUCUUUCCAGUUUGUAAAGAAAACUACUCCUGUUUCAUUUCUUUGAGGUUGUCUGCCAUAUGGCGUACUAGAGCCCAAGGGAAGAGUAAAUUUCCACCAAAAACAUCUCAGAAAUUUUGAGAUUAAGCUCAGAAAUUUUCUAGAAAAAAACUUGGGAAGUUCUUGAGUUUGAAAACUCAAAAAUUCUCUAGAAAAAAAAAGAAAUUUUGACAUUAAUCUCAGAGGUUUUCUAGAGACUGUUGAUCAGUAUUCCACUUACUGCUAAUCAAUAGUAAAAAUAAACAUGUGGCUUUUAAUGUGUAAAUGAACUCAGUGUUUUGAUUCUGGGAGUUCUUUCCAUAUUAAUACAGCAUAAAAACUGAAUGCUGUUUCUGAUUGAUAAUACCAUACAAAUGAAAGAGGGUGUCAUUUUACUGGUGAUUGUAAUCUAAGUUUAUUAAAAAUAUGCAGGGCUGUUGUACUUUUGAGAUAGAAAGCGUUAAAUUAGCUUUUUUUUUUCUUAUAGAGACAGAAUUCUUCCUGUGGAAGAGAAAAGAAACAACCACCCGUCUUCCUGUAGAUCCUUUUGUCCUCCUUUUCUGAUUGAUAUGACUCUCUUUUUUAUGAUUAUGGUACAUUCCACUUUAAUAAUUGCAUAUUAAAAUGUCAUGGAACUGAAAACUUGAUUUUAUCAGA